AUGGCUCCUGGAAUCCUGGUCAAUGGUUUCCAUGACAGUACUACACCAUCCUCGACGCUUCCCACGCGCCGACGCCCGUAUCCCCACGAAGGCCUCCGGUUCGAUCCCAAACUUAAACCCAAAUCGUAUCGCAUGACCGGCACCUCACCGGACUCAAAGAUCCUGUUCCUGGAUGUGAAUAUUCUCGACUCGACAGGCAAUGAUCCGUAUCGUGGUGAUGUAUUGAUUCACGGGGAGCGCAUUGUCUCGGUUGGGCUAGUCCCCGAUGUUGAAGCGCUUCGCCAUGACCCGAAGGUCCGUGUCGUCCAAGGUCGUGGACGUACUUUCAUGUCUGGUCUCGGGGAUGCCCAUACACAUUGGACUUGGAACAAUAUCGCUCUUGAGCUACUGGGUGACAUUGGCGUCGAGGAGCACACUCUGAUUACAGCACGCUCGGCACUUUGUUACCUGGACUCCGGAUACACCAUGUGCUAUGGCGCCGCCUCUGCCAAAGAUCGUCUGGACUGCGUCGUUCGAGAUGCUAUCAAUCGCGGAACCUUGCCCGGGCCGAGACUUCUGGCAAAUGGCAGGGAGAUCGCCAAGCGAGAGGGUGAGCUUGCGGCGGGAAUUACUGCAUUUGCUGAGGGGCCACUGGAGAUGCGAGAGGUGAUCAGACAUCAUGCUAAAAUCGGUGUCGAUCAAAUCAAAUUGAGUAUGUCAGGUGAGGCCAUCACCGAAACUGUUUCGGCCGAGGAAUGUUUCUUUACCGAUGAGGAAACAGCCGCUUGUGUGGAUGAAGCUCAUCGCAAUGGGAUCAGGGUUUGCUCUCAUGCACGGGCGAGAGACUCGGUCAUCCAAUGUGCUAGACACGGUGUGGACGUCAUUUACCAUGCGUCCUAUACCGAUGAAGAGGGUAUGCAGAUACUCGAAAAGGUCAAGGACCGGGUUGUUGUUGCCCCUGCGCUCAACUGGCUCUAUGCUACCGUUUACGAGGCGGAACCCUUUGGGUAUUCCAUGGAGAAGGCUGAGCAAGUCGGAUACCGGAGAGAGCUGGAGACAGCUAUCAAGGCAUUGAAGGAGAUGCACAAGCGGGGGAUUACUGUCCUUCCAGGAGGUGACUAUGGCUUUGCCUGGUGUCCUCAUGGGACGUACGCUCGGGAUCUUGAGCACUUUGUGAAACUAUUGGACUUUACGCCGAUGGAAUCCAUUGUCGCUGCGACAGCUGGGAUAGCCAAGCUAUUUAUGCAGGAGGACGAGCUGGGAAAGGUACUUCCUGGGUAUUAUGCCGACUGCAUCCUGGUCGAUGGUGAUCCUCUGAAAGACAUCGCGGUGCUUCAGGACCACUCGAAGCUGGAUGUGAUUAUGAUUAACGGCCGUAUCCACAAAGCUCAGCCGACAGAGUUCCUUAAUACCUCUGCAGUUCCUCCAUCAUUGCAAGAGAAGAAGAGCUACUUCAAUUUCGUAGCCUUUGAAGAUGAGUUGGGACGAUCUCGCAUUGGCCACCUCGACCUUGGUGACUCCACAAUCCAGCCGUUGACAAUGGCUUCCGGCUCUCCCCUUGCCAGUCUGAGCCAGGUCAUUGAACUGGGCGACGAGGGGGUUGUCCGCGCCGCGGAAGCUCCAUUCCCGCUGAGCUCAGUGAAGCUGUUGCCGCCGCUCGCAGAUCGAGAUGUUCUCUGUAUUGGCGAGAACUACCGCAAGCAUAUCAAGGAAUACCGGGAAAGUGGCUUUGCUGCUGCUGAUAACAAAGUCACUGAUAGUCCCCAAGUCCCAACUGUCUUCACCAAGCGCAGUACUAGCAUCACUGCUAGUGGAACAGACAUCUAUCCCCACCCUGGAUUUACUCAAACGAUGGACUACGAAGGUGAACUGGGAGUCAUCAUCGGAAAAGCAGGCUUCUCUAUCAAGGAGAAAGAUGCCAUGGAUUAUAUCUGGGGCUAUACGAUCAUAAAUGAUCUAUCCGCCCGUGAGAGACAGCGAGACCACCGCCAAUACUUUAUGGGAAAAUCGCCGGACACCUUCUGUCCUAUGGGACCGGUUGCUGUUGAAGCUGCAGCGUUAUCAGGAGAAAUUCGAGUACAAACUCAUGUCAAUGGUGAAAAGCGUCAAGAUGGCACCACAGCCGACCUGAUUUUCUCCAUCCCUAAAUUGAUUGAGACGGUAUCUAGUGGCAUCACCAUUCAGCCGGGCGAUGUAAUCGCAACAGGCACUCCACACGGCGUUGGAGUUGGCCACCAUCCGCCGAAGUUCCUUAAGCCAGGCGACUUGGUCGAGGUGAGCGUCACUGGCCUUGGAAAGCUUUCCAAUCGUAUCGCGGAUCCCGGUAGCAAGAACCCUACUAUCGAUCGUGUCCUCCAAAAGCCUUCGAGUAUCCCAACUUAUAACCUUGAUCGGACUUGGGGCGGUGUUGGGUUAACCAAAGUCGGACCCGACCAUUAUAUCAACGUCCGAGAAUUGGGAUCCCAAAGCCCCGAUGCAGAAACGAUCGUUUUCAUCCACGGCCUUGGUGCCAACCUGGAAUACUACGCGCCGCUUGUCCAAGCCGCAGGACUAGAAAGGACACGGCGCUACGCCCGCCCGAGCGUCCUCAACUGCUACCUUGCAGACCUUCGCCAGAGACCUUGA